AUGGGGUGGCCAGAUCUUCCAGUUUUUCUUGCGCAGUCGCUGAUUGUCGCUGGUGCCACGCCUCUGGUUCUCCAUUUCGUGGUUGACAAGGUUGAAGGCUCCGUGAUGAACGUGAUGCACAAGAUGGAAGGCUCCACAGGCUCUGACUGGAUCCGUGGAGAAGAUGCUGGCAAAGACGAUCGAAGGCGCUUCGUCACUAGGGCGCUCGCACAGAGCAAUGCUUGCGCCAAGGAAAACAUUGCUACUGUGAGAGAGCACACCUCAAUGGUCCCGCCAGCGACCUCACCAGGGAUGCAGCCAGCUAAGGCUACGUCUGGAGCUACUGCUGAUCCUGUGGAGAUUCCAGCUGAAGCUACUCCUCGAAGCGUGCAAAGCCUGGACGAAUGUCGUCUUAUGAUCGGUAUAAUAAAUCGAAUGAGAUUGGAGCUUAUGAUGCUUGUCUUUCCUUUGGUUCAUUCGUCGGCUGGUUUGCGGGAGCUUCUUGCGAGCCACCCCAAGUGUAGGAGAUGUGGAAACUGUGAGUCGUGCCCGCUUUCUUCAAAUGUUUAUUCUGUUUCCAAGCUUGACUACACAUCAAGCUCUUGCAGGCAAGACGAGAACGAUUUCUUCUUCAUGAGCUUGAAAGGUGUGGAAAUAAUUGUCGAAAAGCCUUUCAAAACAAUACGCUACCAAUGUUUUGUUCCAGCACAUCAAGGAACAGUCUCGUCCAGCAUCAGAUUGAACUGGACCCGGCUCUCCCCUGCGCCCCUCUCUCCAAUGGCGCGCAGGCCUUCCAUCUCCAUGGUAGCUAGCUCCUCUCAUAUCUUCCAUGUAAUCGGUGAUAUCCAGGGCGAUCGUUUCAUUCCCAACAGAGGAGCCAUGGACUUGGAUCUAGCGCAUUUUAAUCUGCUCCACGAAGCCAGGGAAAAUAGCCACACUCCAUCCGAGGUUGCAUCGCCUGUUAAGGAAGAUUACAGACGCAUCCUGGCCGAGAGUCUUCUAAGCUGCGAGACGGGGAGCCCCAAGAUCCUGGCCUUCACAAAGAAAAUCCCCUCGUUGAGCAUCCAGCGUUGUCUCGACACAGAGUUGGACAUCUUGCCUUCUUCCAAAAAACCACAUCGACACAUAUGCCAGACUCCUGAGAGAAUCCUGGAUGCCCCCGAGAUCGUGGACGACUACUACCUCAACUUACUGGACUGGAGUUGCAACAACACAGUCGCCGUCGCUCUGGGUUCUGCCGUCUACCUGUGGGACGCCGACACCGGCGAGAGCUUCCAACUUAGCAAAUGCGAGGAGCACGACACGGUGACAAGCGUUGCAUGGUCCGACGAUGGAAGAUUGAUCGCAGUGGGACUGAGCAGCGCAUGCAUCCAACUCUGGCAUGCCACCAGCAGAAGCCAGAUUCGAACCUUUCGCGGUCACUCAUCACGAGUCUCGUCUCUGGCUUGGAAUGGAUCACUCCUGUCGUCCGGAAGCCGCGACCACAAGAUUAUAAACCACGAUGUGCGCGCUCGAGCACACAAGGCGUCAGUUCUCGCGGGACACUGCCAGGAGGUGUGUGGCUUGAAGUGGUCACCGUGCGGCCAGCAGCUGGCCAGCGGCGGCAACGACAAUCUCCUCCACAUCUGGGACGCGGCAGUGGCGUCCACGUUCGAUUCCAUCCAUCCCGGCUCCAGGUGUGCGUUCCGCUUCGACUGCCAUCGAGCUGCUGUCAAGGCACUCGCCUGGUGCCCGUUCCAGUCGCGCUUGCUGGCCUCGGGUGGUGGAACUGUGGAUCGAUGCAUCAAGUUUUGGAACACUCAAACCGGGACGUGUCUCAGCAGCAUCGAUACCUUGUCCCAGGUGUGUGCUCUACAGUGGAGCAGGCAUCAAAAGGAGAUUCUCAGCAGCCAUGGCUACAGCCUCAACCAGCUGUGUGUGUGGAAGUAUCCGUCGAUGAUCAGGAUUGCCGAGCUCCGGGGCCAUACUGCUCGAGUGAUCCAUUUGGCACAGAGCCCGGAGGGAACUACCGUUGCAUCUGCGGCCGCGGACGAGACGCUGCGCUUCUGGAGGGUGUUUGGAUCGCCCAACAAGAAAUGCGGCAGCGACAUGAAACCCAGUGGCCUCUCCAGAAGCGCUAGUAGCAUUCGAUGA